AUGGCGCAACUCCACAGAUAUGCUCCUGCUGAUACUUCCAAAUCUCCUCCUCCCACCGUCGAACAACUCCUCCGAGGAGGAGAAGCCUCUAAGGGCUCACCGUCCUCCUCGUCGUCCGAGAGGUCCAAGCACUGGGACGCCCACGAAGAUCAUAGCCACCAUCACAAGAAAUCAGUUCUCACUAAAGUCAAAGAGAAGGCCAAGAAAUUGCGCCACAGUCUCAGCAAGAAGAAGCACGAUGAUAACGUCAUUCCCUCCCCGGUCGAAGAUGAGGAUGAUGACGAUACUGAAUACCUCGGAGCCCCCAUGUAUGAAUCGGAGCUGGCCCCUGAACAAUACAAGGAGAAAACAAGACAGCAUCCAAGAGCAGAUGCAAUCUCUGAGAAGCAGCAUGCACUACCAAAUUCUGUGAAAUGCGGAGUUGAGAAAGAUAAAGAAAUGUCUCUUAGUCCCUCCAAGUCCAAGAGAAUGACAGCUCAUACUCCUGGUCCCAGCAAGAGUGCGCCUGAUUACACAGUAACCCAUUCCUCCCCUCCAAGUUUCUGGGCCUUUCAGUUGAACCCCGGAGCAAGCAACUCCAUCGGCCCCUACAACGUCUCGCAAAGUUUCUUCGGCCGUGUCUUCUCCGAAAACUCCCAGAUCCAAGGCUGCCUCCAAAGCGUCUUAUGACCCCUCAACGCCUCAGCAUGCUUCAUCUGCUCCAGUGACCCCACAAGCUUCGGCGCGUAAUGGCUACAGUGACCAUAUAUGGGAUAAGGGUGUUUCAGUGAAAGAGUAUU